ACAUCACAGGCAACGAUGACUACUGGGAUAAAAGAGGAGUGCCGAAUCUCAGAUGGGGAUUCAUAUGUUCGACUCUGAUGGGAAAACGAUCACAGAUCGAUGAGGCCAAGCAUUUGUACAACAAAUUUUCUGGUCAGAGAUAUUUUGGGCUUUUCCAGAUCAGAAAUCCGGUGCUCAUGGUGAGAGACCCAAAGUUGAUAAACCUGAUAAUGGCUAAAGAUUUCUCUCACUUUCAAGAUCGGGGAAUUCCCCAGCCUAAACACGAUCCUUUGUCGAAGAGCGUCUCUGGACUGAGAGGUCAGACGUGGCGGGCGCUGCGGUACAAACUAACGCCAAUAUUCACAACUGGCAAACUACGAGGAAUGUUCCAACAAGUAUUCAAGUGUGGAGACUGCGUGAUGGGGAAGAUCGAGAAGCGCUCACCCAGAGAAGAGAUAGAUUCUAGGACUUUACUGUACGAAUACUCGAUGCAUGUGAUUUCUAGUUGCGCCUUUGGAAUACAAGCUCAACCGGAGAGCGCAGAAUUUGAUGAAUUCAAAUCGUACUUUGAAAAGACAUUCUCUUUUUCGUUCCCAGUGUUUUUCAAAUUUAUUAUAGUGUUUUUGCUACCAAAAGUAGCGGAAGUGUUUAAAAUGUGUACUACACCCAGUGAAGUGAUUAACUAUUUCAUCGGUUUGACCAAGACUACGAUAAAAUACCGCAAAGAUAAUGAUAUCCACAGGAAUGACUUUUUCCAGCUGUUGUUGAAACUCAAGGAGCAGGAAGAGAGUGGGAAGGACAUGGGACUGUCGAUGUCAGAUGCUACUGAGGAGGAUGCUGUUGUCAACCAGAUGCAAUACACAGGGGAGAGUAACUUGGCUUCUGCAUCAGAGAAAUUGUUCACAGAUGAGAUGAUUUCCGCUAACACCUUCGUAUUCCUGGUGGGCGGUGCAGACACCGUACUUCGCACUAUCAGUUUUGUUCUCUUUGCACUGACACAGUACCCUGACGUCCAGCAGAAGGUCCAACAGGAGGUGGACUCUGUGAUGGCCAAACACGGUGGACUGUCUUUCGACUCUCUCAGAGAAAUGACUUACAUGGAUCUGGUUAUUCAAGAGACCCAGAGGUUGUACCCGAUUUUAGCAUUACUGUCAAGAGAGUGCACCAAAGACUACAAGAUCCCGGACUCGGACCUCACCAUAGAGAAAGGUGUCCUUAUCAUGAUCCCUGUGGUGGCCCUGCACCAUGAUCCCCAGUACUACCCUGACCCUGAGCAGUUCAAGCCUGAGAGGUUCCAAGGCAACAAUUUCAAGCCCAAUCCCACAUUCUUGCCGUUCGGUGAUGGGCCGAGGAUAUGUAUUGGCAUGAGGUUUGCUCUGAUGGAGGUCAAGUCUUGUUUGGCCAGAAUCAUGUCCCAGUACUCGGUGAAGCUCAGCAGCAAAACUCCAGUGCCUCUCAAGUUCAAGAUCCGUGCGUUUAUGCCGACAGUAGAUGGAGAAAUAUGGUUGCAGUUUGAAAAACGGAACAAUCAAAAGUCAAGCCAUUGAGACACACCUUACUCUGGUUGUGUACGGGUAGAAUGUGGUGAUUUGGUCUUCUACAAAACUUUUAACAGUGCUGUAAAAAGUCACAUAUUUCACACUCUUCUAGUCUAGGAUCCGAGAGCUAAUGUGCACUGUAUAAGCACACAACCUGGUUUUUAAAUCGAAACAGGAAUUUUUUCUAAGAUGAUUUUACUGAGAUUAUCUUUUUUCUAGCUUGAUACACUCAAACCGAUUUUCAGGCACAUAAAAAAUACUCAUACCACACUCGACAACUCUUAAGAGAGAAUGAAAGUUGACGCUUUAGGGGUCUGUACACAGUUAGUUGAUGUUGACUAAUCAUUUGUUUAUGUGUCUGAUUAUUGGUGUUAAGUAAGUUAAUGAAAUUCCCCAGGAGGGUUCACUUCUCGCUGGUUUAUACCUUCUAAGUGAACCUUCCACUGAACACAGCAAAAACAGAUGUGUCACUUAAAUCUGGGCAACCUCAUAGAUGUCCAGGAGCGGCACAUCAUUAACCGCAAAUGUUGAGAUUCUGGGGUGCAAAGGUAAUUUGAUAGGUCUAGUCAACUGCGGGAGAUGACUGUUAGAGUUGGUGGGCUUCCCUAAGAAUCAAAGGUUCUUGCCACAUUCAACAAGGGUGUGCCACCCCUGCCUGCUUUGACUGGAGAGGCUGGUUCAGAACUGGUUUCCCCUUCUUCAAAGGGUAUGACUGAGAUUAAUGCCCUAAAUUCUACCUCAUGGAUCUCAACAGAAGGCAACCCCUACUCCCAACCUGAAUAUUCUAUCACUCCAGAAGCAACACAAAGGUCCUUUUAGGACUAGACACAAUUUCUAAGCUUCUUGUCCUAAGAGAACCAAAAAAAGGUAAUGAAGUAUUAGUUUUCUGGUCUAGACCUCUUCUUCUAAA